GAUUUGAAGCUUCCAUCUCUGUACUCCGUUAAUAUUUCAGACCGUCUCUACUUUGCAAACUGCAGAAGUUCGAAUUUUUGAGUGCGCCAUUGACACUUGUGUGGACGAAAACAAGGAAAUUGCUGAAACCAUUCUUUUGGCAGCUUGGCAUAAGUUACUUCGAAGUCAGAGCAAACUUGCAGCUACCAGAACCGAAAUGUCCGCUACAGUUGGAGUCACCGAGCAGCACGGCUACACAGUUUCUGAGUAUGCUCCCUAUUCGGAGUACAACGAUUAUGUGGAUGACACAGACGGAAGAAUCUGUCCUCCUCAGAAUUUACAUUUCCUCAACAUCGCAAUCUCAAUUCUCUACUACCUGAUUUUCAUCGUUGGGUCCUUGGGGAAUAUAUUUGUCAUCCUGGUAAUGAUCUGCAAAGAAAGGAGGAGGAAGAGACUGGUAGAUACUUUUGUGAUUAAUUUGGCCUUUGCAGAUCUAAUCUUUGUCUUCACCUUGCCAUUCUGGGCAGCAUCAGCCAUCAGCGACCAUCACUGGAACUUUGGCAGCGCCUUCUGCAAGAUCAGCAGCUAUAUUGUUGCUGUCAACAGGUAUUCCAGCAUCUUCUUCCUCACCUGUAUGAGUAUUGACCGAUAUCUAGCCAUCGUGAAACUACGGGACUUCAAGCACCUCAGAACCCAGAAAUACGCCGUGACCAUUAGUGUCAUGAUCUGGGUCUCUUCUCUGCUUCUGGCCGUACCUUCCGCCUACUUUCGAAAACCUGACCAAGUGAACGUGACCCAGUGCAGGGAGGACACGGAUUCCCUCUUCCUCCGAGUGUUCAAUCUGACCGCUGUCAGCCUGACCUUUGUCCUGCCUGUUAUCAUUAUCCUGUUCUGCUACUGCUCCAUCCUUGUCAAGCUCCGGCAUCAUUAUGGCCACAGCACGAAAGCCAUCCAGAGACGGGAAAACUCUCUGAAAAUUGUCUUCGCCAUCGUGUCGGCUUUUGUAUUGUCCUGGUUGCCCUUUAAUGUGUUCAAAACGAUUGCUCUGUAUUUGCAGUUUCGCGACACCGACCUGUCCUGCUGGACAGUAGUGAGCCGAGGCUUGGCCAUUGCUUCGUGCAUUGCUUUCAUUAAUAGCUGCGUGAACCCGAUCAUUUAUGCAUUUUUAGACAGGAAUUUUAGGCAGAGAACUGGCUGGCUCACUUCUUAUGUUUUUGCCGGUCUGGGCAAGAGAAGCGGGAGCUUUGGGUCUGGGUCAACACCUUCAGAGAGCAGCACAAUGCUUAGAAUACAGAGUCUUCUGUCGCAACAGUGA